AUGCUCAAUCAGCCGUCAUUCGAAAAAUGCUGUAUUCUGCAGGUCGUCCAGGAGUAUGAACGAGCAGUUAUCUUUCGACUUGGACGACUACUACCAGGUGGAGCAAGAGGACCUGGUAUUUUUUUUAUACUGCCGUGUAUCGAUUCAUAUAAGAAAAUUGAUCUCAGGGUUGUCUCGUUUGACGUUCCUCCUCAAGAGAUUCUUUCCAAAGAUUCUGUCACAGUCGCUGUGGAUGCCGUCGUUUACUUCCGUAUUUCAAAUGCCACGAUUUCGGUGACAAAUGUGGAGGACGCUUCUCGUUCGACAAAACUGUUGGCGCAGACAACACUAAGGAACAUCUUAGGGACGAGGACCCUUGCGGAAAUGCUAUCAGAUAGAGAGGCAAUUUCACAUCAAAUGCAGUGUACACUUGACGAGGCAACAGAUCCUUGGGGUGUGAAAGUAGAGAGGGUCGAAGUGAAGGACGUCCGUCUUCCAUUACAGUUGCAGCGUGCCAUGGCGGCCGAAGCUGAGGCAACACGAGAAGCUGGUGCGAAGGUGAUCGCUGCUGAAGGCGAGCAGAAGGCAUCUCAAGCCCUUCGCCAAGCUGCUGAGGUGAUAGCUUCUUCUCCAUGUGCAAUUCAGUUACGCUACCUACAGACACUAAACAGUAUUAGUGCUGAGAAGAACUCAACUAUAAUUUUUCCAUUUCCAAUUGAGCUCAUGCACAAUUUCUUCAACUCGAAGUCGGAGAAAGACUGGUAG